AUGCAGUGCAGGCCGAACCUAGCUCGGACGGCGCUGCGCGUCAGCAAGGAGCGGCCAGCGCCGCCUUAUGACGAGCCCGCGGGCACCGUUCGCGGCGCGUACAGCUACGUCCUCUGCGAGACCGACGCCGUGAUCGAGCCGAACAGCACAGAUGACGUUGCAGCCGCGCUCAAGGCCUACUCAGCACAGGCCCGGGCGCAAAACCAGACGCUCAAGGUCCGCCUCACCCAGCGCCUGUUCCACUCGUCCGCGGCGUUCACGUGCCCUGCCCAGAGCGAGUCGCUGCCGCAGCAGGGCGGCGCCGCCAACCCCCCCAGCGUACUGGCGGUCAGCAUUAUUCAAAACACGAUGAGCAAGGUGCUCUCCGUCGAUAAGGAAGCCCUGCAAAUGCGCGUUCAGCCGGGCAUCCACCUGUGGGACCUUGCCCAGGCCGCUGGCGCCCACGGCAUGACCAUCUCUGUCGGCUCUGUCCCUGUGUUCGGCGGCCUCACCCUCGGCGGCACGAUCGCCGCCGGCGCGCACGGCUCCGGCGACGGGCCCGCGGCAGCGGACACGCCCAUGGACAUGGUGCGGGAGGUGGUGUGGGUCGACGCGGCCGGGGAGAGGCACGUCGCAACGCCGGCGAGCCCCGAGUGGAACGGCCUCUACGGCGGCCUCGGGUUGGUCGGCGUGAUGACCGAGUUCCUGCUGCAGCUCAACCCGCCCAGCCACACGCGCUUCAAGUCGUUGCUCAAGGUGUCUGACAAGAACAUGGUUCAGGACCUGGAGAGGAUCUUGAAUGAGGGGAACUCGGACGUCCUGCUGGUGUGGCGCCCCGACAUGCAGGAGUACACGGUCAACAUGAUGACCGAGGUCAACACCUCUGUGCCCGUCACCGACCCCGAGCUCGUCAACACCAUGCUGGCAGACUUGCGCUACGAGGCGCCCAUUGGCAGCGCCAACCGGGACAACCAAGGGGACAUCCGCGACAAUGCGUUUGGCAUCAUGAACAGCGUGCUUGGCUACUUUGUCGAGCGUCUGACCGUCGGCCGCGGCUGGGCGGGCAAGCCGGGCGGCAGCGUGGCAACCGACACAGAGGGCGUUGGGCUCACCAACCGGCUGCAGACGACGAUGCCGUGCGCGCCGAACUGCCUGUUUGCGGGGAAGCAGUAUGAUGCGACCGCGUACGACACCGAGUUCACGAUCGAGUUUGAGCACCUGCAGCAGUGGGUGGAUGAUGUAAAGCUGGUGCUUCAGAAGGACCUCUGGCGCGAUGGCGCGACCCGCGCGCGCUACCUCGGCCCUGGGUACAUGUGGCUGCGAGUCGGCAGCGGCCGCCCCGAGUACUUGGCGACCCAGUACGGCAUGAAGCGCCCCGUAUUCGUGCAGUCCACGUGGCUGCGCUCCCGGGAAAUCUUCCAGUACCCGAUGCGAUACGGCUAUGUGCAGGACCUGUUUGAGCUGCUCGGCCUCGCCAAGUACAACGGCACGGGCCGAUUCCACUGGGGCAAGAACACCGACCGCACCUUCACCGACCCCCGCUUCCCCACGCGCCCGCGCUACCCCGCGUUCGACAAGAUGCUCGAGCUGCAGGCGCGCUUCGACCCGGAUAAGGUCUUCGAGCCGCCGCUCUUCGCCAAGGUCGCCGCGGAGAGGCCCUACACCCACUUCCCUGGCUGCGCGCUCAGCUACGAGUGCUUCUGCACCGAGGACGCCCACUGCAACUUGCCUGGCCGCCAGGUGGACUUCAAGUGCCUUGAGAGCAGCGCCUUUCCCGAGUUCAAGGUCUGCAAGGGGCCCGCGGACUGGGACCCGACACUCCUGGCGCGCUACGGCAAGGGGAUCUGGGUCAAGCGCACCGACGCCUCCCCGCUCCUCAAGUUGGCCGGCGGCGUCUCUGACCAGCUGAUGCGCCACCCGGUGACCGCGGGUUUGCUGACGGCGUCGAGCAGCCUCAUGUCUUCGCUGCCGAUGUUGCCGGUGCUGGGGCACCGUAAGUGA